AUGGGCACAGGGGAUUAUCUCUGCAUUGCUAUGAGUGGAGGGGCGCCUUGGGGCUUUAGAUUGCAAGGUGGCAAGGAGCAAAAGCAGCCUUUGCAAAUCGCCAAGGUUCGCAGCAAGAGCAAAGCAGCUAAGGCUGGACUGUGUGAGGGAGAUGAGGUGGUGUCUAUCAAUGGCAAGCCUUGUGGAGACUUAACGUAUGCUGAAGUUAUUGUUCUGAUGGAAAGCUUGACUGACGUCCUGCAGAUGCUUAUCAAGAGAUCCUCCAAUGGAAUAAAUGAAACCUUGAGCAGUGAAAGAGAAAAUGGAAAACAUGAUAACAUAAAAAAUGAGGACUAUAGGCAGAGUACUACACUGCAAAUUAACACAGCGAAAGAGAUACCCCAUGGAGAUUUAUGCAUCACAGAGAUAUACAGUGAGACUCACCAGGGAGCAGGAGAAAGCAACAAACACUUUUCUGAAAUGAAACAAGAGACCACACAAAGCCACAGAAUUACUCCUAAAGUGAUAGGCACCUCCAAAGUGCUCGUGACAGAUGAAGCUGCUUUCAGAGGGAAGACAGAAGAAAGGCGGCCAGGUACUAUGGUUGAGCUGCAGUUGUCCCUCUCAAAUGAUGCACACAAGGGCACCAAUCCUCCUGCUGUGACUCUCUUAGGGGCAGAAAAAUGCACUCCUUCAGGAAGAGCACCCAGUGUACAAGAAGUUGGGACUAGCCCUGUAAUUGCAAUUCCCCUGGGAGUGAAAGAGGGCAACAUCCAGUGGUCAAGCAAAGUAGUCCAGUUUUCUAGUGGCAAAGAGGUCAAGAGGAUCCAAGGUGCAGCUCCAUCUCUCCCCAGGGUGGAGGUGAUCCUAGACUGUUCAGACAGGGAGAAGGAAGCACCCAGGUCUCUAGCUGACAGGGGGUGUGUUGAUUCUCAAGUGGAAGGAGGGCAGUCGGAAGCACCUCCUUCCCUUCUCUCCUUUGCAAUCUCAUCAGAAGGCACAGAGCAGGGAGAAGACGACCAGCACUCGGAAAGGGAUCACAGACCUCUCAAGCACAGGGCGAGGCACGCAAGGCUCCGGCGAAGUGAAAGUCUGUCAGAGAAGCAGGUCAAAGAAGCCAAAUCUAAAUGUAAAAGUAUUGCAUUGCUGCUGACAGCAGCUCCCAAUCCCAAUUCCAAGGGGGUGUUGAUGUUCAAGAAGCGUCGUCAAAGGGCGAGGAAAUAUACUCUAGUCAGCUACGGUACCGGGGAGUUAGAACGUGACGAAGACGAGGGAGAAGAAGGUGAAGGUGAAGAGGGGGACAAAGAAAACACUUUUGAAGUGAGUUUGCUUGCAACAAGUGAGUCAGAAAUAGAUGAAGAUUUCUUCUCUGACAUUGACAACGACGGUAAGAUUGUGACGUUUGACUGGGACAGUGGUCUACUUGAGGUUGAAAAGAAGACAAAAAGUGGAGACGAGAUGCAGACGCUUCCAGAGAGUACAGGUAAAGGGGCCCUCAUGUUUGCCAAGAGGCGGCAGAGGAUGGAUCAGAUCACAGCUGAGCAAGAGGAGAUGAAGGCACGCACAGUGCAUACAGAAGAACGAAGGGAAGCCACCAUGUCAGAGAGCUUCCAGAAAGUAAGCUCUUCAGUCUAUCAAGCAAAAGAGGAAGAAAUGUCAAGACAGCAGACCUGUGUGAGCAAAAGCUACACAGACAUGAGCCAGAAUCAUAGCAAAAUGGUACAACAAAAUGGCUUUGGCUUAGCACCAGACACAAACCUCCCUUUUCAGUCCUCUGAAGCUCAAAAAGCAGCAUCUUUGAAUAAAACUGCUAAACCCUUCCCUUCUGGGGUUCAAAACCGAGCAGCUGCACCAUUUUCACCCACAAGAAAUGUCACUAGUCCUCUUUCAGACAUACCAGCACCACCUCCUUACUGCUCUAUCAGCCCACCACCUGAGGCUUUAUACAGACCUGUUUCAGCUACUGUAGCCAGCAGAGCCGCCCCAACUGUGUGGUCACCCACCGAGCCAACAGAACACAUAGCAUCCAGAGACGAAAGGAUUGCGGUGCCAGCCAAAAGAACUGGGAUACUGCAAGAGGCAAAGAGAAGAGGCACUUCAAAACCUAUGUUCACUUUCAAAGAAACACCCAAAGUAAGUCCUAAUCCUGCCCUGUUGUCCCUUGUACACAAUGCAGAGGGAAAAAAAGGUACUGGAGCUGGUUUUGAGUCAGGACCUGAAGAAGACUACCUCAGUUUGGGAGCAGAAGCUUGCAAUUUCAUGCAGACUCAAGCAUCUAAACAAAAAGCCCCUCCUCCUGUUGCUCCAAAGCCUUCACUCAAGGUCUCUCCUACUGCUGAUACUCCAGUUUCACCAGUUUGGUCACCCUCAGCUGUGGCUUCUAACAAGGCUCCUUCUUUCCCAGCACCAGCCUCACCUCAGGCAGCAUAUCCUGCACCACUCAAAUCUCCACAGUAUCCUCAUUCUCCUGCCCAUCCCCCAAGUACUCUCAACCUAGCUGGUCCUUUCAAAGGGCCUCAGGCAACCCUAGCGAGUCCAAACCAUACACCCAAGACAACACCAGUCACACCAAGUGCUGGAGGAACAAAGCCGCGCUUUGAGAUGCCACCAGCUAUGAGUGGAAAAGGAGCACAGUUAUUUGCCAGAAGGCACUCUCGAAUGGAGAAGUAUGUGGUAGAUUCAGAGACUGUGCAGGCAAACAUGGCACGAGCCUCAUCUCCGACUCCAUCUUUACCAGCUUCUUGGAAAUAUUCAUCUAAUGUCCGAGCACCUCCACCUGUUGCUUAUAAUCCCAUCCACUGCCCAUCUUAUCCUCCUGCUGCUACCAAGGCUUCCUCUAAGUCCACUGCUGCUACCAAAAAUACAAAAAGAAAACCUAAGAAAGGUCUCAAUGCUUUGGAUAUUAUGAAACAUCAACCUUACCAACUUGAUGCAUCUUUAUUUACUUUUCAACCUCCUAGUACUAAGGAAAGCUUUGCUAUUAAGCAGACAUCGAAGUUGUCCACUUCAAAGCAAGCUCUACCUAUAAGACCGCCAAGUGCUGGCUCUCCUACUAAUGUCCGGGCAUCUUCAGUGUACUCCGUGCCAGCCUACAGUUCACAACCUUUGUUCCAGUCAAAUGCCUCUAUCCCAGUAAAUGAAUCAUUUUCACCUACAGGCUACUCUGCAUUUUCUAAGCCAGAAACCACCACAUCCUCCUUGUUUACUGCUCCGAGGCCAAAAUUUUCAGCAAAGAAAGCUGGCGUCACUGCACAGGAAAGAAGCAGUGGACGCUCGUUAUCACUUCCUGGGAGACCUUCUUCAUUCAUUUCUCGAGCCAUGUCUCCUACUUCUCCUCUUAUAUUUCAGCCUGCCCCCGAUUACUUCAGCAAGGCAGACACAGCAGCUGACAGGCCUGGCAAGAGACUGACUCCCUGGGAAGCAGCGGCAAGAUCCCCUCUUGGCCUAGUGGAUGAAGCUUUUGGGCCCCAAAAUAUGCAGGAAUCCAUUGCUGCUAACGUAGUAUCAGCUGCUCGCAGGAAAACACUUCCUGAGCCACCAGAUGAAUGGAAACAAAAAGUUUCUUACGAGCCUCCGGCCCCAAGCGGUAGUGUAGCUUUAUUAGGAGGGAAGCAAUCAGGUAUUGUAUCACCCCCCAAAAGCUCUCUCUCUGCCCCAAGUACCACCACGCAGGCUGGCUCUCAGCUGCAGUAUGCCUACUGCAGUCAACGGUCCAGAACAGAUCCUGAUAUAAUGUCCAUGGAUUCCAGGUCUGACUAUUGCUUGUCAACAGCUGAUUCAAACUACAAUCCACAGCCAAGGGGAUGGAGGCGUCCAACAUGAGCGCUGAAGGGCCUGGCAUAUUUUCCCUUCUUCCAGCUUUACAAGCCUUAGAUUUGAGUUGGAGAAGGAAAGUUUCUUGCUGGCCUGACGAUCUCUGAACUAAAGAAAUGAGGAGGCAAAAUUGAACGGAGCACAGUUUUCACAUGACUGCAGGGCUAGCAGCCUCUAGAAUAGACUUAGUUUUACACCUAACCUAAGAUUGUUCUGUUCAUCAAAAGGCAAAAAUACACAUUUCUUGGGGGGAGGGAUGCGAUUAAAGUGGGGCAACCAAUGUGCUCGAUACAAAAAUCUAGAAAGUAUGUAGAUGGAGACAGUACAAGUGCUUGCAGUUAAGUUAAUGUG